CACACAAACACACACACAUGCACACACACGCACACACGCACACACACGCACACACGCACACACACACACAAACACACACACACAGACAUAAGUCCACACACACACUCACUCUCAGCCAGCCCCUCUCGCUCAGCUCUCCGCUGGGCAGGCGCGCAGCACAAACAGCUCUGUUUUGUCAUUCCAUGCAAAAGGAGGAGAAAGAGACAGAAAAGGGAGGGAGAAAAGCCUGCCUGCCAGCCAGCCAGCCUAUACGCUGGGAGAUUCUCAUCUUGUGCAUCAGCUGAUCCCCCUCUCUCUCUCUCUCCCACUCUCUCUCUCUCUCUCUCUGCCUCUCUCCCCCUCUCCCUCUCAGUACAGUGGCUCAGACAGAAACAGCAGGCUCUAAUGUUACUCUCUCUGACAAGCCGAGCCCCACACACAUGCCACACGCACCGCUGCACACACAUACCUAGAAACACGCGAGCGCUCGCAGGCACGCAGGCACGAUAGCCGCUGCCCCCGAAGGACGCCACACGCGCGCGAAUACACACACGCGCGCACAUGCACACAGGCACACACGCACACACGCACACACACGCACACACACGCGCUCGCACGCAAGCAGGCAGCCUCCGGACACUGGCGCACGCCGGGGCGGAGGAAGCACAAACAGAGCAGCGCUGGGAAGAGAUAAAGGAGCAUCCGGAAGGCAGAGCGCGGGCACCGUCCAUCAGACCGGGGGGAUCUGGAGCCCGGGAGCCCGGGAGCGGAGGCUUCUCCGCUAGGAAAACCCCCCCCUCGCUUCUCCCUCGUCCACAUGACAGCCGAACAUCUCGGAGGAUUAAAGUUCGCACCUGCAGAGGGGCUCUCUCGCUUCCCCCUCUCCCUCUCUCCUUUCCCACUUCACCUUCUUUAGCUGCUGCCGUCGGCGACGGCGGGGGACUGCUCUGUUUUCCGUAUUGUGAGGAUCUAAAAAGAUUUUUCCUUUUUUUUUUUUUUGGCGAAGCUUCAGAACGUAGCGCUGUGUUUGGGGACUCGGAUACUGGGAGGCGCAGGGCUUCCCGGCGCUGGGGACUGAUCGCCCUUCUCCCCAGUGAGGAGGCUGGCGCUGGGGUGGCACUGCGCUGCGGCAGCCAGAUGCCAGGCUCCAUCUAGGGCGGGAUUAAAGAAGGAAAGGUCCGAAAUGCAGCUCCUCGCCCUCGCCACGCCCUCCAAGAGACGUCAGGGUGGGAGGAUUCAGAGCAGCCCUGCUCUGCUGUGGUUUCUGUGUACACUGGCAGGGGUGCUGGGUAGGGGCAGCGGCUGCCCGUCCGUCUGCGUUUGCAACAGCACGGACGUGGACUGCAGUGGGCGUGGCCUCCUCUCUGUGCCCGCCCUAAACCUGCCCCCCGGCAGCAGGGCCCUCCUGCUGCCCAACAACCGCCUGAGCGUCCUGCCGGCCGACGCCUUCUCCAACGCCUCCUCGCUGGAGCGCCUGGACCUCUCCAACAACUUCCUGGACAACCUGCCGGCCGCGCUCUUCCGCGACCUCGCCAACCUGACCGAGCUGGUGCUGCGGAACAACAGCCUGACGGUGCUGGACCGCGACCUCUUCCAGGGCCUGACCCAGCUGCGCAGGCUGGACCUGUCCCUCAACGGGCUGUCCGCCGUGCCCCUGGGCCUGCUGGACGAUCAGAGCGGCCUGAACUGGCUGUCUCUGGCCACGAACAGGCUGCACGCGCUGGAGCGGGCCGCCUUCGAGCCCCUGGCCAACCUGCAGUACCUGCAGCUGGGCGGGAACCCCUGGGAGUGCGACUGCAACCUGCGGGACUUCAAGCACUGGAUUGAGUGGCUGCUGUACAGAGGUGGGCGGCUGGACGCCGUGGAGUGCACGCUGCCGAAGGACCUGCGUGGGCGGGACAUCCGGGGCGUUCCCGUGGAGAUGUUCAACUACUGCCUCCAGCUGGAGGACGAGAACGGGGGGACCAAAGGGGGAUCCCCGCCCUGCAGCAGGCCCUCGGAGAGCGCCCCGGCGGCGGACGCGGCGGCGCCCGCCCCGGACUGCGUGCGGCAGCGGUACCGGCCCGUGAGCGUGCGGCGGGCCAUCGGCACGGUGGUGAUCGCCGGCGUGGUCUGCGGCAUCGUCUGCAUCAUGAUGGUGGCGGCGGCGGCGUACGGCUGCAUCUACGCCUCGCUCAUGGCCAAGUACCAGCGCGAGCUGAAGAAGAGGCAGCCGCUGAUGGGCGACGGGGACGCCGACGGGGACGCCGAGGAGAAGCAGAUCUCCUCCGUGGCGUAGGGAGGAGGGGCGCGGGGGAGGCGGACCCGCUUUUCGCCGCCCCGCUCCGUCGUCUCUCGGGCGUUUCUCGAUCUCCAUUCCCGCCGGGCUGUUGCAGCGCCUCCUUCCUCUCCGGUCCUCCCCUCCUCCCUGUCGUCUCGCCUCCCGUCUGUCCCUCGUGAGGAGGUAGGAGCAUGCCGGGGCACGGACGCCCCGGGCACCUGUUCGGCUCGCCGGCGGAACUAAACCCAUACAGACGGCUGGUAAGAGGGUUGUGCGGUAAAAAUGACUACAUAUGAACACGGUAAACUGCAUCUCAGAACAGCGCCCCCUGUUGGCCACUGACCCAUUUUCCUCAGCCAGGAACAUUCAGACACUUUCUCUUAAGGGUCCUGACACCCCCACUGCUACUCCAUGCCCAAUGAUGACUGACCCCCCCCCCCCGCAACCCCACCUCAAAGAAGUGGGACUGUUUUUAAAGGAGGGGUACAGAGCCAGCACAGCCCCUCUACCACCUUAGAGGGGCCUAUCGCCCCUCUGUCCCGCUGUCAGUGCCCCUCUGAAGGGCACAAACAGUCCCACAAACCCUCUUUCAGCUCACAGUAUCUCUCAGCUGUCUCCACAGUGACACUAAUAUCCCCAUUUCUCUCUAUAUUAUACUAUAUCUCUGUAUUAUAUAGAAUGAUCUCAUGUCCUGUAUUAUGUGAUGUAGCCUCUUUUUCAUUUUUCACUAUUGAAUUGUUUUGUUUGUUUGUUUGUUGGUUUGCAUCUUAGGUCAUUAUUUAUUAUUUUGAGCAUUUGUUUACAGAUAUUUUAGUUUGGAAGGUAUGAUAUCCCAGUGUAAAUUGUUUUAGAGGUGGGUAGGUUUCUUCAAAAAGAAAACAGACAAUAUACUAAUACUAAUAUAAUAAUAUUAAUAAUAUUUGUUGUGUGUGCAGUAUUAGCGCUGUCAAUAUCUAGAUCCCAGUCAGUGGAUGCAGGUUUACCUUAUCCGAUUGUAGAGUAGGAGGAAACCCCAAAUAGUUAGUCACCCAUGGCCUGACCCAUGGGGAACCCCAGGGCCUGAUGGGUGCCAGAUAUGCAGGAAGGCAGAAAAAAGAGGGAAAGGCAGGGGGAACAUCAUGCUUUUCCCUCCACAUAGGGCACCCCGACAGCCCCAGUCAGAGUGACUACUAUUUUGCCCUACAGUAUAAACCAAUGCCUCUGAGUGUUUGCUGGUAGAUAUUCUAAUUUUGUUUGUUGUCAGUUUUUGUUCUCCCCGUUUAGUGUCCAGAGUGUCUAAUGUACCUUCUUUUGCUGUAUUUGUCAAAUGCAUUUUCGUGUUGUUUCUCUGAAUGGGAUAGUCAUGCUUAGUUCUGUGUUGACGGACCAACUUCAGGUGAUCAGGUUUUUUUUCACCAUGGCGGUGUGGAGCGUGAGCUGAGAGACGUGUGCGAGGAAGGCGACUGCGUUAAUUACGGUGUUUGGGCGCACAUCGUCUUCCACAGGGAAUGUUCCUUCUCUUCUGCUCUUUCCUGGCUGCCCAGCAGGGCUCUGUCACGAGAGAAGCACUUUGCAUUUUUUUAGGGGAAUCCAUUUUAAAAAUAAUAGUGGUGCAAAUGGCUGAGGAUAUAAAACACAUUGAAGAGUCUUGGUCUAAAGCACUUGCCAGCAAUAAGUGUUUCCCCGAUAAGAAACUAGGCUUGGCCCUUGACACAGUACUUUCCCAAAAUGAAGCACAAAAGUGGCUUCCAAGCCUAGCAACAGAGGUAUAAGCAGAGGGACACUGUCCUGUGCGGCUGUGAACAGAGAAAGAGCAGGGAGAAGGCUGCUGUGGGCCCAGACCUCAGCUGAUGGACAGGUGAACAUGCACGGGUGGAUUGUGGGAUUGUUGCCUGUUGCCUAGGCAACAGACGACAGUUCUUUCUGACCACCAUUAGCCAUUGGGCCAUUAGCUGCUGUACGAAGGGUUAAGUAAAAAGCAAUUAGCAAAUAAUAAUAGUGUAAUUGUGAUUCUUUUUGUCGAGACAGAAUUUGAGGUCUUCCGUUGUACAGAAAUGCUGCAAAAGGUAGUAGGACUGGGGGUUAUGGGUAAUCUGCAGAGCACAUUCUCUUGAUUACCUGUGAAAGUGGUGAUAAGUAAGCAGACAGGACGUCUCUAUCUCCCUUAACCUUUAAGCAGUGACCCUGGGGCAUGCUCUGCUGUCAGUCACUAUGCCAGGCCUUACAGUGAACCGGGUGAAAUGAGGACAGAGGAAAAACAGGAAGUAAACAUUUACAUGUAAACUGAUGCGGGCCUGGGGUGGGGGGUGGCAUUACAUUGCUACCCCCCCUCCCCCCGCUGUCCCCAAAAUCAACCCCACAGGGUCUCCCUCAGAGGGAGUUUAGCUGCAUUUAAGACUGGUCCAAGGAGGUUGCUGGUGAUAUUUUUGAUAUUUCCUUCAUUGUCACACACACACGCACCCAUAUACAGAUUUACAAACACUGUCACACGCACACACACACACACCCAUAUGCAGACUUACAAACACGCAUGCACACGUACAUGCACAAACACACACAUAUACAGACUCACACACACAAAUACACACAUACCGGUGCAAACCGACACACACACCCACACACACACACACCCAAACACACCCAAACACACGCACACAGAUACCAAUUCCCCAUGCUGUCUCUGUGUCAGCAUCACCUAUUCUCCCCCUUCUCUGGGAUUUACUUUUUUGCCAACUGUCAGAAGCAAACCUCACAGCUCGCUGGCGGCUGGGACAACACACACGACUACGUGCACUUGCAUUCUACAGUGCCUCUGUAGAAAAUUCCAGAGGCUGUUUUAUUUUUUACCUCAUUCCUUGAGCUCAAACAUACAGCACACAGCAGCGGUGAUUAUCAACCACAGCUAGUAACACCAACCCCUUGUACCAGUGCCCCUAUAAAUCACCCUUGUGCAUUCCACCUUCAUGAUGAUUCACUUGGGUAAUUACAACGGUCUAAUGUAUGAGUAAGACCUCUAUAAAUGCCUGUCCAAUAAUGAAUGUGGGCAUUCACUAUGCCCAACAGUGCUGAUGCAGUUUGGAAAUAAGGAAUUUAAAAAAGCACAGCUUAGGAUGGAAGAGGAAUACUGAAUAGAACUAAAAGUGCAAGAGGAUCAAUCCAAAUUAAAUGAAAUUGGAAAACAGUUGUUUUAUUGGCUCUCAGGAAAUAACUUCAGUUUGUGAGGUUUUGUCAGUUGAAUCUAAGAAACGUAUUUUUGUUGGGCUGAAGGAUCUAAUAAAUUAUUCUGUCGAGUGACACUCUUUUGUGACUGUACUGAAUAUUUUAGGUGGGUAACAUAUAGGAAAAGGCAAUUAAGAGUCACAAUUAUUUGAAUUCAGGCACCAACCAGUGCUAUAGCAUUUAUAAGAAUAUGUAACAAAGCUUUAUCGGUUUAUAUUUGUUUCAAAUUUGCUUUAAACAACGCUCUCUAUGUGAAACAGUGCCAUCUGGAGGUACUAAUGAUAAUAGCACAAACAACAGCACACCAAGGCAGAGGUGGACAGGCUUAAGAAUUUGAGGUAAAAUGCAAUCAACAUAAUAAUUAGUUAAAGAGCAGAGGGAAGUGACCAGAAUGGCAUUAAACAUCCCAUUCUCAUACAUGUAAACAUGUUCAUAUUUUCCAAUACUACAUGGGUUUUCAAUUGUGUGUCCAAUAUAUGGAACUCAUCCUUACCAAUAACUAGGACAAUGGCUGAACAGUCCCAUAUGUAACCAUUAUAUAGCAUACAUGUGCUACGUUUCUGUGAAAAGUGUGUCUAUGUGUCUCUUGGUAUCUUAUAACAUAUGCUACAAUCAUAUUUACCAAGUAAUGUAGAAUGUGUAGAAAUGUUUUGAGCAGUACCUUUUUUUGUAAAACUAUGAUAUUAACAAAAACUAAAUCUAAAACCCAGAGAGUAACUGUGUGCAGAACCCUAUACCAUUCUACCAUUCAUCUUGUUGCCCUUACGAUUGAAAUAACAAUUGUAAGGAUAUUAUUGUAGAUUGUCAUUGGCACUGAAAUGGCUCUACCGUGUAUAUCCUCUACGAUGAAGGUGAUAGUGAGUUUACAAGCUAUUAUAGUUCUCUGAGAAUUUAAAAAAUCAUGAAAUUAUGAGUGGUUUAACAUCCUCAACAUUUAAAAAACGCACUUUACGAAUGCAAAAGAAGCUAUUAAUUGUACAAAGCAAUUUAGUAAACAAGAAAAUGUGACAGCAGCCUAUUUUUUCCACUGUAACAAUAAAUUAAUGAAUACAGUGCUGAAACAUAGUUUAGUUUAAAAAGCUGUACAUCUAUCAAAACCCAAAUAAUACAUCUCAACUUACAGCAAAUGUCAAGUGCACUGCAUCUUUCCUAUAACGAAAGCCAGUCUAGCAAGAAUUAUUGUGGAAUACAGUUCUUAAUGUCUCUGCCCUCACCCCUGCCCCCCCCCCCCCCCCCCCCCAUUCUACAUGCCCCCUCAGCUACUCCUGCCCCGAUCCGUUGACCACAUCUGCAUGUUAGCCAUUUAGGGCCUGAUUUACUAAGACCUUUAGCACAUGCAAAACCUUUCAGGACAUGCAAAACUCAUUACACAACCAAUAACUGGUGUUGAGCAAAUACCACGACCAAUCAUUGGUCAUGUUAUUGGUUUUGCGUGUGCUAAAAGGUUUUGUACAUGCUAAAGGUCCACGUAAAUCAGGCCCAUAGUGCACAAAAACACACUUCCAAAUUCUCUGCUAAUAUGGAUAAAUAUAACUGGGUGGAGAAGGAUUGCUGCUCUUGGCUGGGCAGACUGAAAAGCUGGCCCUCUUUUAAAGGGGCUCCAAGUUUGCAUUACUAGACUACGUCAUCAUGUAUUUAUUUAUCUAUUUAUUUAUUUAUCUGUUUUUCUAAAAAUUGUUAUAAAGAAAUUAUAUGGGAUGAAAUAAAAAAUGCUUCUUUAUUUUUUGCUCAAAAUUACAAAGCUGUUUGAAAUACUAUUUGUGGGUUGUGGAUUAAGAUCUGUCAAAAAAACAAAAAACAAUAAAGAAUGUAUUUCCUUAA